GGUACAUUGGCAGAGAGGAUCCGAGCCGGUGGGGCAGGUGUCCCUGCAUUCUACACCCCUACUGCCUAUGGGACGCUAGUUCACUUAGGCGGGGCACCGAUCAAAUACGGUGAUGAGCCAGGCAAAAUAGCGAUAACCAGUGAGCCCAGAGAGGCAAGGCAAUUUAACGGCAGGGAAUACAUCAUGGAGAGGGCCAUCACAGGAGACUUUGCCCUGGUCAAGGCCUGGAAAGCAGACAAGGCCGGCAACCUCAUCUUCAGGAAAACAGCCCGGAAUUUCAACCCUUCCAUGGCUAAGGCAGCCAAGAUUACCAUCGCAGAGGUAGAGGAAAUUGUGGACGUUGGCACUUUUGACCCGGAGAGCAUCCACGUACCAAGCAUCUAUGUGCAGCGAGUUGUUAAGUCUGACAAAUUAGAGAAGAGAAUAGAGAGGUUAACACUGAAGCAAGAAGACGCAAACCAGAAGCCCAAGUCAGAGACAGCGUUAACGAGAGAACGUAUCAUCAGAAGAGCUGCCUUAGAAUUCAAAGACGGCAUGUAUGCUAAUCUUGGCAUAGGUAUACCCAUGCUUGCCAGUAACUACAUCAAGCCAGGAAUCAGCGUGCUACUACAGAGUGAGAACGGCGUGCUGGGAUUGGGUCCAUUCCCAGUGAAGGGCCAGGAGGACCCUGACCUGAUCAACGCCGGCAAGGAGACGGUGACGGUCAUCCCUGGUGCUUCCUACUUCUCAAGUGACGACUCCUUCGCCAUGAUCCGAGGGGGCCACAUAGAUCUGACGAUGCUUGGUGCUAUGCAGGUGUCCAAGUACGGUGACCUGGCCAACUGGAUGAUACCAGGCAAGAUGGUGAAGGGGAUGGGCGGGGCCAUGGACUUGGUCUCAGCGGCGAGGACCAAGGUCGUCGUGACCAUGGAGCACCAAGCCAAGGGAGGCAAGCCUAAGAUAUUGGAUAACUGUGCCUUGCCACUGACUGGGGAAAAGUGUGUGGAUAUGAUCAUUACAGAAAUGUGUGUCUUCAAUGUUGACAGGGAGACAGGACUGACGCUCAUGGAGAUUGCUGACGGCGUGACGAUUGAGCACGUGGUGGAGGCGACGGGUUGUGAGUUUGAGGUGUCAGCUGACCUGAAACCAAUGGGCCAGAUCUGAAGAUAAAGCCUACUCAUCUAUGACUUGGCUUACUCCCUGUAUUUAACAACACCGUUCAUUGGUUGUCGUACCCUUUUAACCAUUCUACCCAACCAAUCAGAAGAAGUGUAUCAUCACUAAUGGGCCAAAUAUGAGAGUAAAGACCCAAUAGUCUAUGACUUGGGGCAAGUUCGCGCAAGGACUAUAGUUAACCAUUGGUCGACUAACGCUUGCCCGAACUCUGUCUAGUC